AUUAUUUAGAUUUUCAGUAUAAAUGCAGUUUACAGGCUCGGCUUGGACAGAGUUGAGCAAGAAAGAGGUCAAUCAUGAAGCAGAAAACUAUUUGGUCCACCAGCGAAGAUGGCUCGAUAGAAUACGUCCAAAUAACCGAAGGCUUACUUCAAGAAUCCCUAGAAGCGAUGCAUAGAUCAUUUUACAUAAAUGAAAAUGUAUGUGUCGCUUUAGGGCUUCCAGAUCGUCCAGAAUGUUUCCCGGAAAUGGAUAAAUUGGUCAGUUGGGUUGCUGAAGACGGAAUAUCCAUUGCUGCAGUUGAUAAAGCAACUGGCAAAGUUGCGGGAGUGGCAUUCAACAAGUUGCAUGUAUGUGUUGAAGAUAUUCUCACAGGCACAGAUACCAUGGAUGUAUUCGCGAAGCAUCUUAAGUUAUGUGAACACUCGGAAGUGCGAAACUUGUUACAAUGGAUGUGCGAUAUUGAAAAAAUAUUCGACAUAUGUGAGCACUGUAAAGUGAAAACUGCGAUGGAAAUAAUGUUCGUGGGCAUACUGCCCGAAUUCAGGAAACGAGGUAUUGCCAAGAAACUGUUCGAAGUCUCCAUUAGCAUAGCUAAGAGAUUGAGCCAUGGAAAGGAAGAUAAAGUCAUUUCGAAUGGAACAACUUUGGCAAUCACCAGACCUCCAGAAAUAGUGACUGCUAUUUGCACAUCGUUUAUCACUCACAAGAUUGCCGAACAGUUGAGGUUUGAAUUGGGGGCUGAAAUUGGCUUCGAUAGGUUCGAGUACGAUGGAAGAUCACUGGCGAGUAAAAUCGCACACUCUCAAAAUCUCACUUUCGAAUUUCUCAGAUUAUAAUCAAAUUUGACUUACAUGCUUUAUUUGUAGAGUUAAAUAAACAUUUGGAUGGUU